GCUUAAAAAGAGGACCAACGUUUAGGUGGGCAAGUCAUUUGACCCAAGCACGACAUCGAUUCAAAAUGAGUCUCUCUGCUAAUGACAAAGCGAUUGUGAAGGCCCUCUGGGCAAAGAUCUCCCCAAAGGCUGGGGAUGUCGGCAAUGAGGCGUUGUCCAGAAUGCUCUAUGUCUACCCUCAGACCAAAACCUACUUCUCUCACUGGAGCGACCUGACCCCCGGAUCCGCUCCUGUGAGGAAGCACGGGAAGAAGAUCAUCGCUGGAAUCGGUUUGGCUGUUGAGAAAAUCGACGACCUUUUUUCCGGCCUGCUCACUCUUAGCGAGCUGCAUGCCUUUCAGUUGAGAGUCGACCCUGCUAACUUCAGGAUCCUGUCCCACAACAUUCUUGUGGUGUUGGCCAUGCUCUUCCCUGAUGACUUCACACCUGAAGCCCACCUGGCCAUGGACAAGUUUCUUGCAAGAGUGGCCCUGGCUUUGUCUGACAAAUAUCGCUAACCUGUUUGAUAUUUGUUAUGCAGUUUGAAUGUUGCUUUGUCGAUUUGGUCAGCAACAUGUCAAUAAAUAAUUAAUCUGGA